GACAUUCUCGAUUCGUUCUCUCAAAGGGAGGAUUACUAUUACCGUUCUAAUCAUCCAGAGUGCUUGUUUGUCAGAAUUAAAGGAGUGUAGUUACAGAGACCCCAAUCGCAAGAAAGAAUUAACCGGUGUAAAGUUAUGUUAACAAAUUGUUCAUUGACGCUUGCACAUGUGUUACAAAAAAAAGAACUAUGAUCAGAAAGACGAUAUGAAAUUAUCUCACAACAAUAUUUAAGAGUAUGUUCAUAAGCGAAUUAUUUGUGAUGGAUCUAAUAAAUUUAAAAAGGACUUGUAAUUAGAAGUCUCGGUUAAGACAAAGUGUGAAGGAAAGUAUAAUAAAAAUAACCCAUAGGGUUGCAAGUAUGGAUUCCAAUAUUAUUGUGUUAAUUACUAUUUUCUUUUUCCUUGAAUCAGUGUUGAGCUACUGUCCAGCUGCGGAUCAUUGGAGUGGUUGGUGGGGUUAUGACGGAUAUGCCUCAGGUCCGAGUUCUUGGGGAGACCACAACGAGGACUGGGUGAUAUGCAAGACGGGCAAGAACCAAUCUCCCAUUGACAUUAAGCCACAGACCCUCCUGUUUGAUCCACAACUACAGCCAUUUAAGGUCGACACUGCGUCGGUCAGCGGUACGUUUCGCAAUAACAAGCGAGACCUGACGUUGCUGGUGAACAACAGUAGUCCCGCUGUAAAUUUCACGGCGGGGCCGCUCUCCUACACCUAUCGCCUCUACCAAAUCAAGCUGCACUUCGGCAGAGAAAAUGUUUCAGGGUCAGAGCACCACAUCGACGGCAGGCCUUUUGCUGGAGAGCUUCAGUUUAUGGCCUAUAACUCCGAUUUGUAUGCAAAUCACUCAGUGGCGCAAGUGAGUCCCAGAGGCGUUGCCAUCGUGGCGGUGUUUAUAUCCGUUGGGGAUUACGAUAAUUCUGCCUUCCAAUUUCUCCAAGAGAAGUUUUAUAUAAUAGACCAACAAGAUUCAUGUACGGAUGUUGAGUAUCUACCAGUUGACAAGUUGUUACCCGAAUCUCUUGACCACUACAUGACAUACGCUGGAUCGCUGACACAGCCUAGCUGUAGGGAGACGGUCACCUGGAUCAUAUUGAACAAGCCCAUGUAUAUUUCCUCAAAACAGAUGACAGAUUUAAGAAGAAUUCCAUACCAAGAAUGGAGAUUUUCAAACGCCAGACCUCUUAUGCCUUUAAAUCGUCGGACUAUCCGAACGAAUAUCAACUUCAGAAAUCAAACACGGCUGUGUUCCAUGGAGAUCGCAAAGCGAUAUAUUGCAAAUCCCGACGUUGGAUUGAGAUAACGAGGCAUUUCAUCCCUAGUAUUCUCCUAAUAAAAGCAUUAACCCACUUUGAACCUAGUUCUUCCAACAAAAGACAAUGUCGAAAAUAAACUUUACGUAUAGCUCAAUAGUGUCCUAUGAAUAUAUACGGGAUAUCUACGUUUCGUGGAUCUAGGUGCUGGAGUGCGAUUAACACUGGGUCCAAACUUAAAUGCAAUUAGAAAUGUAUGUUCUCGCAUUUAUACUUAUCGUUAAAAGUGAGGGGAAAUUUGAUGUGGAGAGUGUGUUGCUGUUAAUAGCAUUAAUAGCAUUAUGUUUAAUGGAAUAACGGUCGAUGCAGUCGACACUCCUGAACACAAAGCUUAUGUUUGAUGGUUUCUGACGAUGGCCGAGAGGAGCGUUAUUGCAGUAAAGCAAACAAUAUACUCAGUGCGUAUAAAGGCAGUCCUGCCUAAAUUGUUUAGUGAUAAAUUUAGCAGAUGAUGUUGUUUGAAACGAACGCUUGAAUGUGUCAAUGAUACUAAAUAAUUGUGAAUCAGAUGUUUU